AAUAAAUUAAUGUUCGUACACAUUUUAGUAAUUGAUUGAUUAAAUGUAAUAAUAUUGUGUGAAUAUUGUAUAAUAUAUAUUCAUAUUAUCUUAAUGUAUCAAUGUAUAUCAAAAUAAACAAUAGUUUUUGAUCUUAUGAUUACGAAGAAAUUAAAUUAAAAAUAACUUUUAAUUUCCCCUUAAACUCUAAUUUAUAUUAAAUUCAAUUUUUUUUUCUACAAUAGACGAUCAAUGAAUUAGAUAUUUGAAGUAUGGCGAAAGAUUCCAUUGGUCAUCUACCUAGAUAUACUAGAUUUAUACGUACUCAUUCAAAAAAAAAUACUCAGUAUAUGAAACCAAUUUAUAUUUGGAGGCGUAAUUUAAAUAUUAUUCUUAAACAAAACCGAAAGGAUGAAGAAGAAUUUCAAAAGUAAUUAUUUUUUAUUAUGUACCUUUGUUGUAUUAUUUAUUUAAUAUUUAAAAAUAACUUAAUCCAUUAAAGCCGAAAUUGUUUUGAUCACAUGAUACAGAAAUUCCUACUUUAUAUAGAAUUUUCAAAAAGUUUUAUUUAUGUUGUUGUAUACAAUGCAUGGUGUUAAUGGGUUAAAUAACUAAUUAGUUAUAUACUUAACUUACUAUGGUACAAGAUAAAUGUAUAAAUUAUACCUAAUUCAAAUUUAAUUUUUAGAUUCCUAACUUUUUCUGAAAUUUGUAAAGUCAUUAAUCAACCUAAGACUGAAGUAAUUUUUAAAAAAUUGAAUACAUUGUAUGAGAUAGCACAAGAACUUUGUAAGUAACUUUUAUUUGUGUAAUUGAAAAUUGUUAGUAAAAUACUUAAGGAACUUAAUUUUAAAAUCAAAAUUGUAAAUAUGUAAAUAGUUUUUAUUUAAUUUUUAUUUUACUUAUAAUUUUAAAAAAUUAAUUUGGUACUGUAUACUAUAAUACUGUAAUAUAUUUCUUUUACUAUUGUACAGUAUUGAAUGAAAAUAUACUAUGUUUCAUCAGUCACCUAUUCAAUACACAAUAUCGUUAAAUUGCUUAAAAUAAUCUUAACCCUAUUUUAGUUUUCAAGUUUUUAAUCAGUUUGUUAAAAAUUGUUUGGUCUGGUAUAUUUAAUCUAUUCCAGUAAGUUUUCUUUUGUUUUCUAUCAAACAUAUGUUUUAAAAUAGAUUCAAAUUAAUAAAUUACCAAAAAUUUAGAUAAAACCCUACAUGAGUUAUGUACAUUUCAUAGUUAAAUAUUUAAGAUUAUUUUAUGUAGAGGGAGGGAUUCACUCGUAUUUAUGUCAUGUAGCAAUAAAGAUUUUCAUUACAUUUCCAAACCAAAUCAGUUUAUUCUUCCUAUAUCUUAUGAACUAUUGUAACAACUUAUUACCAAACCGUUGAAUAAAAAUAUAUUAUACAUUUAUUUUAAGUUAAUUAAGGUAUUAAUCAUUAAAACAGCGUUUCUCAAACGCUGAGUCAUGGUCCACUGAUGAGUCCUGAGUCCAUUUUUGGUGGGUUGUGAUAAUUAUAUAGAUAGAAUCCAAGAAGUAUUUUAAUUUUUUUUUUUUAUCCGUAAACAACUUUUCUCCCAGCAAUUUUGCUCCUAUUUUCUAAUUUAGCACUUUUUUUUAAAAAAAAAUUUGUUUGUAGUAGUACUUAUUAGGGAGGUAAUUUUAAGAUUUUCCCAGCUGUUUUCAUAAACUUUUUUAUGAAAAGUGAAACCAUGUGGGUCACGAUAGAUUUCUGUGGUAAAAAUUUGGGUUGCAAUCCUAAAAAGAUUGAGAACCAUUGAUUUAUAGAACAUUUAAAUAGAUAUUUUAAUAUUAACCACUAGUAUUUAUAUUUUUACUUUAGUACAAAGUUUUGUUAAAAUGAGUAGGUAUUUAAAAGUAUAUUAUUUAUUUAUUUUAAAAUUAAUUAUAAAUUAUGAUGUUAUUCUAUAUGAAGAGUAUAUUUAAUUUGAUUAUAUAUUUUUCAGUGAUAGACGAACAACCAGAAAUAUUGAGUUCAACAUUAUUAUACUUUUUCAAAUUAUUUAAUGGCGUUUCUAAACUAUUAAUAAAACAUAUUUCUGAAUUAAAAAUUAUGUUUGGAAAUGUAUCAAAUAAUACUGCCAAUGAAAUAUUUAAAGUAAUUCUUGAUACUGGUUCAUUAUAGCCCAUUCCCGGUGUCUGAAAAAUGUAUUUCUCAGGUUUUAUUAUACCCUCAAAAAUAUUAUGAAAUAAAAAAAGUAAACUAUGGGCAUUAUUUGUAUAUUUAGUUACAAGGAAUACCUGUAUACUCUCAUGUUCAUAAAGGUUUUAGUCUUGUUUUAAUUUAUCUAUUAAUACAUUAUAAUUGUUCCUAUUUUUCAAAAUUGUAUUCUAUAUUUUUUCAGUUUUUAAGUUCAUCCUAAGAUUAGGGUUAUAACAAAACAUGACUUCCAUGCCUCUCUGUCAUUUGCCAUAUUCUGAAGCUCUAGGAAAUCCUGUUUCAUUAUUUUGCUAAUAUAUCUUGUUCUAGGUAUUUCUUUUGAUUGAAUGCCUUCUACUAUUCUUAUAAUUUGUAAAAGCUAAAUAAACUUUGCAUGAAAAUGAGAAGAAAAAAAAGAAUACUUCAAAUAGUUGUGAUGAAGGGGAAGGAAAAUAUAUUAUAGCUUACUGGUUUUAUUACAUUUUAUACAAAAUGCACCUGUCUUUAAAAUAUAUUUCUGCUGUCGUUUCUAAGGAAUUUUCUAAGUUUUUAGUUCUCAACAUAGUAUAUUUCUAGUAGUAUUUUCAACCUUAAAAUAGUUUCUCUAGUUAAUUGUUCUUUAGGCCCUAUACUGAUAAUUUGCAAUCCUGACUUAUCUUUCUACUCAUGAUCUUGUUUGAAAUUAUUGUUAUCAAUUUUGUUAAUAAGGUAUCAAGCUUAAAAUCCUAAAAUGACCAACCAAACUGCCAGAGGAUUUCUAAGAUAGAAGUACUGUUUUUAAUUCUUUGAAAUAUUCCUUAUCUAAUAUAUAUUUGACAGCAGCUCUUAUAGUAUUUUCUAUGUUUAAAUAUUUAUUUACUGUAACAGUUCUGCAUUUAUUUCAUUGGAACCUGAUACUUUGUUUUUCUUUAUUAUUUGAAUUGCAAUUUAAAAUUUUGAUGUAUCACCGUUGGACUAAUAUUUUUUCCAGAAAAUCUUUUACGUAUUCUGUUAGAUAUUACUAUCUUAUUAUUCAAAAAAUUCCUGUCUAUUCUUUCUGUGUGUGUGCAUUGCAUUUUUGUUUUCCAUGGAAAAAUGUUUGAAUAGUUUAUAUGCCUUGUUGGUUGUAUUUCUUCACGAUUCACUUCAAUACACACUUUCUUGGCUUUCUUACCUCUUAUUUUACAUUAUUUUUGUUUUUGAAUAUUCUGCAGCCUGAGUGAUGGAUUCUGUUAUGCAAUACCCCUGGUAUUUUCUAUGUUUUCAUGUUUGCUUUAAUUCUUCAUUAUUUUGUUAAAAUAAAGUUGUUCAACACAUUUAUUCUCAAAGGUUUGUCUUUGGUAACUUUAGUUGAUUUAUAUUUUCUAGAUUGUAUUUUGUUUUUUUUAUAAAUGUAUCAAUUCAAUAUUUUAUUGCAAUGUGAUAUAUUUUUCAGACAGCAAAACAAGGCUCUAACAAAUCAGUACCUAAUUCUUUUACAACAAAUUAAGAGGAUACAUUUUAUUUAUACAAUUUAUAUACAAAUGCAUUAAUUUAUUAUUAUUAUUUAAUUUUAGUUAGUUAAAGAAGUUGAGGAAUUUUUGGAUGAUGAAUGCUUAGACAAAUUAAAAGUAUUAUGGGAAAAAUUGAAUGUCUAUGAUGAUAAUCAAAUUGAUUUAGAAGAUGGUGAUGAUAUUGACAUAUAUAUACCACGCUAUAAACAAAAUUUAAAAUGGGUUUUUCCAUAUAUUGGCAAAUUACCUACUCCAUUGUACAAUAAAAAGAACAAAAAAGUUGUGUCCAUGGAUUUUAAUGAAGAAGAAAGAAUGAAUUCUAUUUCUAUAAAUGCAAAUGUAAGUAGGUAAAUUCAUGCCCCAAUGAAUAUGUGUUUAUUAUUAAUUUUAUUUAUUGGAGGUAAUAUUGAGGAUUCUAUUAUACCAUUACUUUUAAUUAAAAAUUCAUGAUUAGUGAUUCUGUUUUUAAAAUUAAUAUUGAACUUUUUUUUUUUAGUUUGGUAAAAUUUGGUUAUUGGACCAACUUACCUUAACUUCGUCAAUAAGUUUAGGAGUUUCUGAUGAAGAGUAUUAUAGUAACAUCAUAGAUUUACUUUCUUCUCAGAAAUCUGACACUGAACUUCAAGAUGAAGUAUGUAUUUUAGCUAUAUUAUGUACAUUAAUUAAAACAUAUACGGUAGUGAAUUUUAUGAAUUAAAAAAAAUAACAUUUUUUUUAAAAAAGAGGUGUAUUCUUAUUCUGUGAUUUAGGAAGUCUUUGUUGCCAUUUGAACAUGAGUACAAUUUGUGAUUAAAAAAAAAACCUCAUAGUUAACAACAUGAAUCCAAAUAAUUAAAGAAAUGUGUUUAAAAAACUACUAAGUCUUAUUUUUGUAAUGGAGUAUUAAUUUGGUUUAGUAUAUUUAACUUUAGCCAAAAAUUAAGCAUCCUUGUCCUUAAUUUUUAAGAGGUUAUGUCUAGACCCAAUCUUAAAGUAAAAUUCAGCACCACUGACAUGCACAGUUGUCAUAUACACACAAAACUAUGUAUGUAAUAUAUAUUAUUCAUUAUAAUCUACAUAUGUGUAUAUUUUCUGUUUAUAUAAUAUAUAUUUAUAUUUUAACGGCAAUGUGCUGUUACCUUACAAUGGUAACAGUGAAAUGGUAAUUUGCCCAAGUUCACUUAUUUUAAAUUCAUGUAGUGAAAAUAUUACAUAUUUAUAAAUUAACAUAUUAAACAUUUCCAAUUAAUAUAAACUAUUUAUUACACAUUAAUUUGGGAUCUCUUAAUCUCUUAUUUAAUGAUGUGGUGUAUGUGUAUGUAUCAAAUUUUUAAAAAUUCUCAAAUUUCCUAAAUUAUGUAUUUUAACUUUAAUGAAGAUAUUGUUUAUUAUAUAAUUUUAAAUUAAUCGACUUUGCAUUAACUCACCAUUUAAUAUAUUACAUAAGCAUCCAAUAUAUUCUAACUGUAAUAUUAUAUUUGAAGAUUAUAUGAUUUAUAAGUAGUAAUAAAUAUCAUUAAAUAGUUAUAAUUUUACAUAUUAGCAUGCACACCUAGGUAUUAACAUUUAAAAAAUAUCAAAUUAUUCAAUUUGUUUUCAAUAGGAAGUUAUAUAAUUAGUUCUUAAUAUUAUGCAUUUUCAAGUUUACAUUUUUUUGUUAAAAUUAAAUUGUUAUCUUCUAUAUCUAAAGUUUUGCGCUUAUUAACAACUGUUGUUAUGCUUUUCUCAUCAUCUGUUUUGUUUGAUUCUGUGGAUAAUUCUUCAUCAUCAGUCUCUUCAUUGCUAUCUGUAUCCAAAUCGGAAUCAAAAUAUCCCGUACCUUUAAUUUUCUUCUUUUUUGGAAUUUUUGUUGAAGCACUCGUACCAGCUUUGAAACCACAUUCGACUGCGUCUGAAACUGUUUCUGUCAUUUCGGCCAUAUGCUUUUCGUAAUCUUUAUCUUUAAAUUCAACUUUCGGUGUUUGGCAGAGACGUUGCAAUUUACGUUUUUUGCGUUCUUCAGGAUCAUCUGUACUAGGACCCCCUUUGGCUAAAUAAUCUUUAACUCGUUUUUCUUCAUUGAUAUCCCGUAAACGGCGACCACUUAGAUCUCGACAAGCUUCUCGAUUUGUUGUUUUUUCUAUUUGAGCACCAAUUGCUCGUAACAUUGAACCAAAUCCUCCUUUGCCACCCAAUAUCCUUGGCACGAUGUGUAUAGUAGCAUUUUGAACAAUAUUUUGAUUUAAAAUUUUACCAUUUAACAACAAGUAAAAGUCUGUGUGCAACAUACCAGUUUCAAUACUAACAUACUGUUUUAUACUAGCCAUCGACAUCUCUGAAGUAAUAUUAAAGGACAAUUUUUUCAUAAUGUUGUUAUUAUUAAUUUAUUACGAUUUGAUUAAAAAAUAUUAAUAUUUUUAAAGUCAAAUUUUUGGUUACGGUCACAAUAUAAUAAGUACUAAGUAAAAAAGUAAUAACGAAAAACAAACUACAAUUUUUGAAACAGUAAAUAGUAAUUAUUAAAUACCUAAUACAUAGUGUUAUUUUUUUAAUUAUAAUUUAUAAAAUGUUUGACAAUGAAUAAAGGUUGAUAAUAAGAGUGUUGUAAUGCCAACGUGAUAAAAAUCAGUGCAAACAACUGUUGCAGAAUAAAUAUUCAUAUUACCUGUAUUUUUAAACAUUCAAUUUAAUACAAUUAUUUAAAAAAAAAUUUAAAUAUUUUAUUGUAUAUUAAUUAAUGGAUUUUUUUUUCAAAGCUAUUCAAUCUACUGGGUUUUACUCGACUCUCACUCAUAGAAACAUUAUUAAAACAUAGAAAUGAUAUAUUGACACAAUGUUCAAAGGAAAGCAAAUCAUUGAAUAACGUAGAUUUUAGUAUGAAUGUGUACACUAUUAAUCAAUAUAAAUCAUCUAUUGACUGUCUCAAUUAUUUACAUAGGAAUAGAAAAGAGACCCAGAUACAUGGAAAUGAUUACUAUUAAAACUGAAGAAGAUGAAUUAAUUAGAAAAGAAAUAAGAAAAGAAGAAAAAUCCUAUCAAAGACUAAACAGACGACAUGAUUCAGAUUCAGAUGAAGAAUCUACUAAAAUGAUUUCCAAAACGUUAGUAAAAAAAAAAAAUUAUUUUUAUUUGUUUUAGUAUUUAAAAAAAAUCUAUAACAUUACCAUUAUUGUAUUUAAGAACAAGUGCCGCUAAUGUUCCCAUGUUCAUUGAUCCAAAGAGCAGAAAAGCUCCAAUAGCUGAGAAGUAUCCCAAUGUAUAUGACAUAAAUUAUAAUUCAAAAGUAUCAAGUUGUGAGUUUUUUUUUUGUUAAAUUAAUUAAAAUUUUAAAUUUGUAUAUAAUACGUGUAAUAUGAUACAUAUAAUAUAAUAUUCAUUACUUAGGUUUUAUUGCUGGAGAAUCUUGUGUUAUCCCUGCUGGAGCAAAAAGGACUGAUUAUCGAACGCACGAAGAAGUAUACAUUCCAGUUGCAAAACUAACUCAAGAGUUGACUGUUGGAAAAGAAUUAAUUGCCAUCAAAUCACUAGAUGAAGUUGUUUACUUAAUAUAUUGUGUUUAAUGUGACUAAAAAUUAACUCAUUUUUGUAUUAAAGGUUGGACAAAAAGCAUUUCAUGGAAUCACCAAUCUCAAUAGAAUUCAAACGAUAGUUUUUGAUGCAGCGUAUAACACAAAUGAAAAUUUACUAGUAUGUGCUCCAACUGGAGCUGGAAAAACUAAUGUUGCUUUAUUGACCAUAAUUCAUCAAAUUAAACAACAUAUUAGGAAUAAUGAAAUACACAAAGAAGAGUUUAAGGUAUAAUUUUAUAUUCUUACAUUCAUCUUCUCAUUUUAUUUUUCAAUAAAAUUGUUUUCCCAGAUAGUAUAUGUUGCUCCAAUGAAGGCUCUUGCAGCUGAAAUGACUGCUAAUUUUUCUAAACGUUUAUCUAGUCUAGGAAUUGAAGUUCGUGAAUUUACUGGUGAUAUGUCACUUACUAAAACAGAAAUGGUCAAUACUCAAAUAUUAGUCACAACACCAGAAAAGUGGGAUGUAGCCACUCGAAAAGGAACUGGUUAGAUAUUUAAAUUGUUUUAUAUAACAUGAAUACUAACUGUAUUUUUUUUAUCUUUUUUUAGGGGAUAUUGCAUUAACAAGUUUAGUUAAGCUAUUAAUUAUAGACGAAGUACAUUUAUUACAUGGUGAUCGAGGUCCAGUUCUUGAAGCUCUUGUUGCAAGAACGUUACGACAAGUGGAAUCAUCUCAAAGCAUGAUCAGAAUUGUUGGAUUAUCAGCUACACUACCAAAUUAUAAAGACGUGGCUCGCUUUUUAAGAGUUAAUCUUUAUAAAGGAUUAUUCUAUUUUGAUGGACGUUUUCGGCCAGUACCUUUAGUACAAACAUUUAUUGGUGUUCGCGGUAGCAAAAGUGUGAAAAUGUUACAAGAAAUGGAUGCAGUCUGUUAUGAUAAAGUAUACGAUAUGGUACAAAAAGGCCAUCAAGUAUGUUAAUUAUCCGAAAUAAAAUUAUUUGGUAUUUUAUAUUUAUUGAUUGUGUUUCAAGGUUAUGGUAUUUGUUCAUGCCCGUAAUGCUACGGUAAAAACAGCUAAUGUCUUCAGAGAGCUUUCGACGCAGAAAAAUCACCAGUCAGCAUUCUUACCACAAGAUUCUAAUAGGAUAGGUAUUGCAAAAAAAGCAUUUGAACGUUGUCAUUCAAAAGAAUUAAGUGAACUAUUAAACAGUGGAUUUUCUGUUCAUCAUGCGGGUCUUUUGAGAUCAGACAGGUUGAUUGAUUUAUUGACUUACAUUUUAGAUUAUAUAGAAAAUUAUAUAAUCAUAAUAAUAAUAAUUUAUUCGUUGAAAUAAAACAAGCAUGAAUUCAAUUGAACAAAAAUAAUAUAUACAAAUAUACAAUAAAAACAAUAGGCUAUAAAUACGUGGUUAUAAUUGAAUUGGAUGUGACAUUAAUAUUGAUAAAAUUAUAAAUAAUAUAUAUAUAUAUAUUUUUUCCCCUAUAGAAAUCUUGUAGAAAAGUACUUUGCAGAAGGAGCUAUUAAAGUUUUAGUAUGUACAGCAACUUUAGCAUGGGGAGUUAAUCUUCCAGCUCAUGCAGUUAUCAUCAAGGUAAGUACAUCAUACAAAUUUUUUGUUUUAUAGAUUUUUAAUAAAAAAAGUGUUAGUAACUAUUGAUCAUGAAUUUAAAGAAAAAAUUAAAAAUAAUGUAUAAAAAUACAUUUGUAUGAUUUGUUUUUAUAUGUUUUUGUAAUUAUUAAUUUUUAGGGUACAGAUAUAUAUGACUCAAAGCAUGGGACAUUCAUAGAUCUUGGUAUGCUUGAUGUUUUACAAAUAUUUGGUCGUGCAGGGCGACCUCAAUUUGAUACUUCUGGACAUGGAAUGAUCAUAACUCCACAUGCAAAACUUCACAAAUACUUAUCAUUACUUACCAAUCAAAUACCAAUCGAAAGUUGUUUUGUUCAACAUCUUGUUAAUAAUUUAAAUGCUGAGGUAUGCAUUAUUUAAUCUAAUAAUUUUUAUAUGAUGUAUGGGUCAACAUUUUAGGCAGUAGUAGGAAAAUAAACAGAUAUUAUCUAUGUUAAUGAAUUUGUAGAAUUAUUAGAAACGACAAAAUAAAUAAUGAAUAAUAUUAGAGUAGCAUCAAUAAUUGAUAAAUUGAGCAAAUAUAGAUUGGGAACUUGUAUUUGUUGUAAUGCAGGACAGUUAAAAUGACAAAGAAAGAUUUAUAAAAAGGUGUUUUUGUGUGAUGAAAAAUAAUAUGAAAUUAAUUGGUGUUUGUGGAGAGAAUAUGGAUGAUUGAGUCAAGUAGAAGUUAUAGACUAGGAGAGUUGAGCUCAAAUACAUAUAAAAAUAAAAACAAAGAAAAAGAUUUAGUUACUUUUAAGUUUACUGAUAACAUUUUAUUUUUAAAUGAAUAAUGUUAAUUGUAUUAUUUUUACACAGUAUUCAUGCAUUUAUUAAAUUUUUUAAGGUUGUAUUAGGUACAAUAUCGAAUGUUGAAGAAGCAGUAAUGUGGCUUAGUUAUACUUAUUUAUUUGUUAGAAUGCGUAUAAAUCCUCAUGUCUAUGGUAUAUCACUUGAGGAAGUUGAAGUAAGUACAUAAUAAUAUAUUAUGGCUUAUAAAGAAUUUGUAUUAAGAUGUUUUGUUAAUUUUGCUUUAUAGUCAGAUCCCAUGUUAGUAAAUAAAAGAAAAGAAUUUAUUGUUAAUGCAGCAAUGGCUUUGGAUAGAGCACGAAUGCUACGAUACAAUGAACGAACUGGUGAUCUUUCAUCUACAGGUAAAUUUUAAUUGUAUUAUGAUUAUUUAGUUAUUUUAAUUAAACUACAACUGCUUUUUAAUUUAUAGAUCUGGGUCGGACUGCUAGUCAUUUUUAUAUUAGUCACGAUAGUAUAGAGAUAUUUAAUCAAAAUAUUAAAUCUUUUAUGAAUAUAUCAGAAAUAUUAUCAAUGAUUGCUACUGCUAAGGAAUUUGAUCAGUUAAAGGUAUAAUACAUACAAGUGUCCCACUUUGUUUUACUGAUUUGUAUAUUUCUGCGAGUAUUAAACUUUUUUAAGCAAGGCAGACACUUAUAUAAAGAAAAAUUAAAUUUUUAUUUUCACUCUAAUCAUUAAAAAAAAAAAAACUUUUUAAAUUUUUGAAUAUAGCCAUUUUGUAAAAGAUUCUAAAACUUUAAUAUAAAACAGUGGUGUACCAGUAUAUAAACACUCAUUAGCAUAUAAAUAUAACACUAAAUAAUUUUUUGAAGGUUCGAGAUGACGAAGUAAUUGAGCUUGAAACAUUAGCUCGUAAAUAUUGUCACGUUGAAUGUAGCAGUUCAGCUGUUAAUGUAAAUGGUAAAGUUAAUAUACUUUUGCAAACAUAUCUUGCACGAGGUAGAGCCAAAGGGUUUUCAUUGAUAUCUGAUCUAGUGUACAUAUCACAAGUAAAUUUAAUAUUACUAUAAAAUAAUAUUUAAUAAAUAAUAUACAGUGAUUUUUAUUUUAACAGAACGCUACAAGAAUUGCCCGAGCAUUAUUUGAUAUGGUGUUACGCCGUAAUAAUGCUAUGUUGUCUGCUAAAUUAUUAGAAGUCUGUCAAAUGUUUGAAAUGACACAAUGGAAUUUUGAAUCUGAAUUACGGCAAUUUUCAGAUGUGCUUCCUUGGGAAAUCAUAGAUAAAAUUGAACAAAGAAAAUUAUCAUUCAAUCGUAUUCGUGAAAUGGAUGCAAAAGAAUUAGGUAUUAUUUUAAGAAAUCAGAAUAUGGGUGCAGCUGUUAAAAAGUGUGCCAUGCAACUUCCAUAUAUUGAAGCUACUGAAAGUAUUCAACCUAUUACCAGAACUAUUUUAAGAAUAAAUUUAGAGAUAUUCCCGGAAUUUGAGUAUGCAUUAUGAUUAUAAUUAUUAUAUAAAGUUGUCCCACCAUGUUUGACAAAUUUUUCUAGAGCUGUUAAUAUUAAAAAUUCAAUAAUUUUUUUUUUUUUUUUUUGAUCAGUUUUUCUUUGAGGGAGCCAAAGAUUUAGAAAAAAAUUAAAUUUUUAUUUUCAUCCUUAAAUACAUAAAUAAAAAAUAACUUUUUCUUUAUUCACUUAGUAAAUUUUGUAAAAGAUAUUAUUCUAUAAAUUUUAUUGCAUUACAUAUUUAUAUAUAUGAAUAGUUUCUUAGUAAUAGCUGUUUUAAUUUCUAGACAAUAAGUGUGAAAAUAAUUAAUUGUUGCGAUAAGGAAUUAUCAUGUGGCGAUUGUGAUUGUUAUUGAAUAUUAAUAGCUUUAGAAAAAUCUGUCAAAUUUGGUAGGACAUACUGUAUAUAUAUAUAUAUAUAGGAAGUCCAAACAUUUUAUUGUUAUAAUUUAGAUGGAAUGAUAGGUUUCACGGUAAAACAUCAGUUGCGUUUUGGAUAUGGAUUGAAGAUCCAGAAACAGAUUUUAUAUACCAUUGGGAACAGUUUCUCAUAUCUAAAAAACAAGUAAUGUACAAAUAAUAUAAUUUGUAUUAAUUUUAUAUAAUAUCAAUUUUAUCGGUAUUUUAAAAAUUGAAGGUUAUCAGAAAAGAAACACAAAAACUGAUAUUUACAAUACCUUUAGUUGAGCCAUUACCAUCACAAUAUAUACUACAUUGUACUUCAGAUAGAUGGUUAGGUACUACCUUUACUACACCAUUAACUUUCCAGCAUCUUAUAAUACCACAUAGUCAUGCAUCAGUUACAGGUUUGUUAUUAAAACAAGUGUUUACAAUUGAUUUUUUUAAGUUAAUUUGUAUGAAACCGUUUUUGUUUAGAUUUAUUAGAGCUUCAGCCGCUGCCAGUAUCUGUCCUUCAAAAUCAAAGUUAUCAAUCUUUAUAUAAUUUUACACAUUUCAAUCCAAUACAAACUCAAAUAUUUCAUUGUUUAUAUUAUACUGAUAAUAAUGUUCUCUUGGGAGCUCCUACUGGGUCAGGAAAAACCAUAGCUGCAGAAAUUGCUAUGUUUAGAAUAUUUAAUGAACAGCCUACAGCUAAAGUGAGAUGAUUUAAAAUAUGUUUUUCCUAUGUUAUUUAAUAUAUUUCAUUUUUCUAGGUAGUUUAUAUAGCCCCUUUAAAAGCACUCGUACGGGAACGUAUGAUUGAUUGGAAAAUAAGAUUAGAAGAGAAACUAAAAAAAUCUGUAGUAGAAUUAACUGGUAUAUAUACUAAAUCAAAUAUUUAAAAAAAAAAAAAAAAUGAAAAGUACAUAUAUAUUAGGAUAGUCCAAAAAAACUUAUGAAAUUUAAUUACCCUUCUUCAAUUUUUUUAACUGAUAUGAAAAAGUAAUUUUGUGACCCUUAACUCAUCUCCUUCCUUUGCCAAAAUUGGGAUGAAUUAUGGCACAAGGUUGUUGUUUUUCAGUUUUUUCUUUUCGAUUAUUUCAAAUUAAUUCAGAUAAUUUUAUAUUUUAAUUAUUUAUUUAUAAACAAAAUACAAUGAAAUAGGUUUUAUUUCAUUAUAGUAUUCGAUUUUUAGCCAUGUUUUAAAAAAUAAAAUUUGUUUUGUUUUUAUUAUUUCAUAUUUUUUAUUAUUUUUUUUAUAUGAAUUAAUGUGUUAAAUAGAAUUUGUAUUUCGAAAUUUUUUUAAAGAUAGAAUUAUUUUCUAUAAUUUUCAAUAUAAAAUAUUUUGCUAAAUAUUUCAGUUUUUCUAAUAAUUGAAAAAACUGAAAAAUAACCCCUUAAGUCAUAAUUCAACUCUAUUUCGGCACGGGAAUAAGGGGAGUUAUCGAGUCCAUAUUUUCACAAAAUUAUUUUUUCAUAUCAAUUUAAAAAAUGGUAGGAGGGGGUACUCAUUUUUAAUUUCUCAAGAAAAUUUCAAGCCUAUACAGAUUUGGACCACUCUAAUAUAUAAUUCUUAUAGUUAAUAUAUUAAAUAUUACCUUAUUUAACCAUGAUAAAAGAAUAUCAACAGUAUUUUUAUAUAUUAGUUAAAAUUUAAAGAUUCGUUAAGGUUUUUAAAAUACAAGUAUUUAUGCUGAGUACUAAAAAUAACAUUGCUACUUGUAUAAAUUGUUUUUAAUGGUAAAUUUGUAUUAUUUUAAUUAAAGGUGAUGUUACACCUGACAUUAGAGCUAUUUCAAAUUCAUCUGUAAUUGUAACUACUCCUGAAAAAUGGGAUGGUGUUUCUCGUAGUUGGCAAACCCGUAACUAUGUUCGCCAGGUAGCUCUGGUGGUACUUGACGAAGUUCAUCUGUUAGGGGAAGAUCGUGGUCCAGUAUUGGAAAUAAUAAUAUCUAGAAUAAAUUUUAUAUCUACUCAUACUGGACAACACACACGCAUUGUGGCCUUAACUACUGCUCUGUCGACUGCCGCCGAUCUUGCUGCUUGGUUACACAUUGGUGAAAUGGGCCUUUACAAUUUCCGUCCAUCUGUGAGGCCGGUUCCCCUGGAAGUGCACAUUAGUGGAUAUGCUGGACGGAAUUAUUGUCCAAGAAUGGCAACUAUGAAUAAGCCCAUUUAUCAAGCUAUUAGACAACAUUCCCCAACUCAACCUGUUAUGAUUUUUGUGUCAUCACGUAGACAAACUAGAUUGACUGCAUUAGAUCUGAUUGCAUAUUUAGGUGGUGAAGAUAACCCAAAGCAAUGGGUUCGCAAAAGUGAUUAUGUAGGAUAUUUUCAUUACUAUUUAGUUGCCUAAGUUUGAAAAAAAGUUAAAUUAAAAUUGAAACAAAUUGUUAGGAAAUGGAACAAAUCAUUGAACAUAUUAGAGAUCCUAAUUUAAAACUUUGUCUUGCAUUUGGCUUAGGCCUUCAUCAUGCUGGAUUACAAGAUAAGGAUCGCAAAAUCGUAGAAGAAUUGUUUGUAAAUCAACACAUUCAAGUAUGAUAAAAUCUUACCAUAUCUUUAAAAUGAUUUUAGAGUUUUAACUCAACUAAUAAUUUUGUUUUAAGGUUUUAAUUGCCACAUCAACUUUAGCUUGGGGAGUUAAUUUUCCUGCACACUUUGUUAUUGUUAAAGGAACUGAAUUUUAUGAUGGCAAACUCAAAAGAUAUGUUGACAUGCCAAUAACAGAUGUAUUACAAAUGAUGGGAAGAGCAGGACGACCUCAGUACGAUAACAUGGGAAUAGCGCUUAUUAUGGUAAACAUUUAAUAAAUAUUAUUAAUUAAAAUGGUAAUUUUUAAUUAUUAUUUUAUAUAUAAUAUAUAUUUAUUCUUAUAGGUUCAUGACAUUAAAAAAACUUUUUAUAAAAAAUUUUUAUAUGAACCUUUUCCUGUUGAAUCGUCAUUAUUGAGUGUAUUACCAGACCAUUUUAAUGCUGAGAUAGUAGCUGGAACUAUUAAGACAAAACAAGAUGCCAUUGAAUAUUUGACUUGGACAUACCUUAUUCAAAGACUUAUAAAAAAUCCAGAGUACUAUGGGUUACAUAGCUUAGAAGAAAGUUCUAUUAAUACAUAUCUUUCAGAGUUAGUGGAACGAUGCAUUGGAGUAUUGUAUUCGAGUUAUUGUGUAGAAAUUGAGGAGGUAAAUAACAGAUCCAUCUAACUAGUCCAUUCAUAUGUAAUAUUAUUAAAUACAAAUUUAGGAUCAACGUAGUGUAAAGUCUACAUCAUUAGGCCGUAUAGCUUCCUAUUAUUAUUUACAACACAAAACAGUUAAAACCUUUCAAGAAAGACUGAAAGGCCAACUCAGUAUGGAAGAUUUAUUAAAAGUGUUAGUUGAUGCAGAGGAGUUUAAUUUAUUACCCGUUAGACACAAUGAAGACCUUAUGAAUACGUAAGUAAAAUAAAUCAGUUUUUUUUUUUUAAACUUUUUUUUUUUGCAUCUACAGUGAAUUAGACAAACAGUGCCCAUUGGAUAUUGGGAGUCGUCAAUACGAUUGUUCUCAUACAAAAACAUUGAUUUUACUUCAAGCUCAUUUUUCUCAUUUAAAAAUGCCAUGUUCAGAUUAUAUAACUGAUCUCAAGUCAGUAUUAGAUCAAUCGAUACGUAUAUUGCAAGCAAUGAUUGAUAUCAGUGCAGAUGCUGGUUACUUGGUAUUAUGUUUGAGAUUAGUACAAUUAAUGCAAAUGAUUAUACAAGCCCGAUGGAUUACCGAUCCACCAGUCAUUACUUUACCUGACGUAGAAAAAUAUUUAAUACCAACCCAAGUAUUGCCAUCACUUUGUUUACCAUAUUUAUGUAACUUGGCACUUGAAAGCUAUAAAAAAAUUGAAGAAAUUAUGUUGCGAACUCAACUUGAACAUGAAGAAAUUGAAAAAGUAAAUUUCAAUAAGAUAUAAUAUAUUUUACCCUAAUGAUGAAAAGAUGGGUAAACAUGAAAUUGAUUAUACUCUGGCCCACGAGAGAACAACCAAAGAAACUCAGAUGUCACUGUUUACGUAACUAUGUGACUACGCACAUCAUCGAGAAGUCAGAGAGAAACUAGCAUCACUUAACUCGCGACCAGCAGUAUCGAUACACGAGUUCUGGUCGUUCUCUUGUGGACCGGAGUGUAGAUUUUAAUAAAAACUUAUUUUGGUGGACCAUGUUGAAGAAUAGAAAGGUGUCUAACAUUAGCUAUAAGUUACUUUAUAGGUAGGCAAGUAAUAAAUUAAUGAAUAAACAUACCGACUCACUGACCUAUAAAUGCACACUGUGCAAACUGCUGGAUUUUGAAACUUAAAAUUUUAUACAUAGGUUCCUUAUAUUAUGUAGGUUGCCACUAUGAAAUUUGUUUACAAAAUGUAACCCUUAGAGGGAUAAAAUUGGGUGUUAAAUCCACCUAAAUUUAAAAAUAAUUUGAAGCUGGGUCUUAAUUUGAUGCAGUAUUCACUAUUUUUGAAAAAGCUUUAGACCUUGUUGACUAUGUGCCACUUAUUAAAGCCCUUGACAAUUACAGCAUAGGCAAUUCUGUCUUGCUUGGAUUUCAUCCUAUCUUACCACUAGAAGACAAAUUGUCUUUAUAUGGUGUUGUAUAGAAUAUAAUGGUGUUUUUUCCGAACUGCCUUACAUUUCUUCUGGUCUCACAGGGUAGCCAUCUCAAUAAGCUUCUUUUUAUAUUGUUCAUAAACUCCCUUGACAAUAAUCUAACUACUACCAAAGCCCUUCUAUUUGCCCAUAACAUUUUAUUAUUCAUCAAAGUUAAUUCUCCUUCUGACUGUCUUCAUUGGGAAGUACUAUGUUAUACCAGAAACCAUAACAGCUCCCAAAUUAAUCGUGCCACUCUUUUUAAAGAUUUAGGUAUAUAUUUUACACUUAAUCUGCCAUUUGAGCAUCAUUUUAAUGUUACUAUCAGUUGUGCUUUAAAAGAUUUGGAUUUUAACCUAACCUGAUUCCUCACCAUUGCCUUUGAGCGUUAUAUUCAACCCGUUUUUGAAUUCGGCUUGGUAUUUUGGCAUCUCUACUUUACGCGUAACCAGCUUCGCAUUGAACAAGAAUAAGUUUUUCUCAUUUUCUACCUUAUCGGCUAAAAAUAGAAUAACCCCAGCACGAAUAUGCUAUUAUCUGCUCUGCCCUUGACCUACCUACACUUCAUUAUCGAUGUGUUAAGUCUGAUGUCUCCUUUAUCUCUUUUCUUCUUGAUAGUGCCAUUGAUGCUCCAGAUCUAUUGUUAACCAUUUUUUUCCAGGUUCCCUCCUAUUCUAUUAAAACCCAAACUAAUUCCCUGUUCUUCUUGUCUCAACACCCCACCUCUUAUGGGUUUAAUAAUUCCCUCCACCGCCCUAUGCAUCUACUCAAUGCUGCUUAGUUCAAGCUUUUUUCACCUUUUUCUUUAGAUUUAAGUUACCAUGCUGCUUUUAGCCCUUCUACCUAGUUCUAAGUUAAAGAUUAUUUACAAAAUUACCUGUUUUGGCGUUUAAAUUAACAUAUGAACAAAUUAAUAUGAAUUUUGUGUUGAAUAUAUUAAAUAUUUUCUACAAAAACUGCCUAAGUUGGAUAUUCUUAAUAAUGACUAGUCAAUUUUGUAAUUACCUCGACAAAUAUUACCUAGGAUAUGUUCACAAUGCCCAGUUUUCAUCAUUGAUUGUAACAUAAUAUAUCUGUAAACUAUAAUUGUUAAUGUUUUUUUUUAGGUGUAUAAAAUUCUAAUAGAAAUGCCAGUAGUAGAAGUUCAUUUGUUUGUUCAAGGUUACUGGCCUGAUAGUAAUGAGAUUCAAAAGGUAAACGUCUUCUAUUUUUUAACAAUAUAUUAUUAAAUUGAACUAAAUAACAAUCAUAACCAAUUACAUAUUUUGUAGAAAUCUGUGGAGAAUAGUAAACGAAUUGAAAUUGUAGCAGAGUCAGAAUACACACUAUUAGUUGAAACAAAACUUCUUAAUCGUGUAGUACCAUUAAAAGCACACGCACCAAAGUUUUCCAAACCAAAGGACAUUGGUUGGUUUAUGAUACUUGGUUCUGUCGAACAUUGGGAAUUAAUAGCCUUAAAACGUCAUACAAAUACUCGCUACAGAACAACGAAUAGCAGAUUAGCCUUUAAUACCCCUGCAAAACCAAGUAAAUAAAUUAAAACUACUAUUAGAUAUAAUUAAUAUAUUUUUUAAAUAUUUUAUAAUGAAACGUGAGCAAUAAUUUUUUAUAGUAGCUCCUUAUUUUACAUUAUACUUGGUAUAUAUUUUAUAUUUUUAGGUUAUGUAAAUUGGACUCUCUACAUGAUGUCUGACUGUUACCUUGGCUUGGAUCAACAAUAUGAACUUGAAUUUAAUGUGAUAGAAAAAAAAAGUUAAUAUAAUUCAAUUGAAAUAAAUUUCCCUUUUGUUUUUAUUUAAAUGUUCAAGUAUAUUUCAGAUUCUAAAAAAGGCAAAACAUGAAUUAAUUUUACAACCUAUGAUGCAAUUUUUUUUCUCGUCUGAAAAAUUGUUUGACUAGAUAUCUUGUUCCUAUCACCAACAUCCAUGGAUGAUUUCUAAUAUACAAUUUUGUUAACCUGGUAUGGGAUUAUUAGGAGCUCAUUUU